AUGUCUCGUGCAAAGGCAUUAGCGGAGAUCAAGGCUCUGCGCGCUGCUGGCAAGACGCGCUUGUCUACAUAUGAAGUUGAAGAGGAGGAGCAACUGUACGAUACGGUCGACGAAGAUGGAUACAAGAAGAUUGUAAGAAGUCGAUUAGACCAGGAUGACUUCAUCGUAGACGACAAUGGCGAGGGUUAUGUCGAUGACGGCCGGGAGGAAUGGGAUGAUGGCCAGGGUCGUUACCACUACGCUGCCACCGACAGCGAAGGCGAGGAUGAACGGCCCGCAAAAGGCAAAGCCGCGAAACGGAAACGCGAAGAAGACAAGGAGAAGCAAGAUAAGAUCAAUAACGGCAUCAGCAAGUACUUCAGUGCAAAAACGGCGGCAAAGGCCCCCAAACCAAAGCCUGUUGCUACCGCUGCAGACAAAGACUUCAUGGAAGAUCUUCUCGGCGAGAUCGAUACAAACCCUAUCCGUCAACCCGCUCCUCGAAUGCGACCUGUCAAGACAGAGGCACGGAGAAAGACACGUGUACUGUCACCUCCCAUAUCUGAGAACCGCCCAGCUGUAUCGAAAAAGAGGACUAAUGACUCGGAUACUAUUAUGCCCGACACACCGCCAGCAGCGAACGAAUAUGGCGAUGACGACGGACUUCCUACAUUUGCCGACGACGAUGUGCCCAUGAGUGACCCACCCCUUCAAUCAUCACCUGUAGCAAAGGCUGUGCAGCGAAGAGCACAGCCUGCAGUCAAGAUUGAGGAAGAGGAGGAGGAUCUCAUGGAGGUCACACAACCCACUGGAGGCCUCGGCGUGCCCGUCACAAGCGUCAACAUGGCCGGAAAACGUCCUAUAGCGAGAAUCAAGAAAGCAGAAUAUCCCACUCCUGCCAGCUCGUCUCCGGUCGGACCAUCAGCUGUGGACGCAUCGUCCUGGAACGAAGUCACCAGCAAACUCAAUGUUAUGAGUAGCCCUGCCCCGCAAACUACUGGCGUUGGAAAAAUGAGGCCAGAAGAUGCACUCGAAGAAGAUGGCAGCCUCCAUAUGUUUUGGAUCGACUAUACCGAGAUCAAUGGCAGUCUCUGCUUAUUCGGCAAAGUCAAAGACAGGCAGACAGGCAAUUAUGCGAGUUGCUUCUUGAAAAUUGACAAUAUUCUUCGCAAACUGUACUUCCUACCCCGCGAGUAUCGACAGGUUAGAGGCGUUACGACCGACGAGGAGGUGAGACUAAGUGACGUUUCAGACGAAGUGGACUCCAUCAUGAGCAGACACCGGGUGGGAAUGCACAAGAUCAAACCUUGCACCCGCAAGUAUGCCUUUGAACUACCAGACAUACCAAAGGAGGCAGACUACCUCAAAUUAUUAUACGGAUAUGACAAGAUGCCUCUUUCCGCUGACCUAAGCGGAGAGACAUUUUCGCACGUCUUUGGUACUAAUACUUCGCUCUUCGAGCAAUUUGUGCUCUGGAAGAACGUCAUGGGUCCUUGCUGGCUCAAGAUUGACAACCCUGAUCUCGGGGCUAUUCACAACGCCUCGUGGUGUAAGCUUGAAGCCCAGGUCGCCAAACCCAAUAGCAUCUCGGUACUCAGCAAUUCAGACAAUUUGGACGCUCCCCCUAUGACGCUGAUGAGUCUUUCGCUACGAACUACUUUCAAUGCCAAGGACAACAAACAGGAGAUCCUUAUGGCCAGCGCUAUGAUUUACGAUAAAUUUUCGCUUACUGAUACGACUCCAAUUGAAGAUAUGGAGUGCAAGUCCUUCACUGUUAUGCGGCCGAAUGGUGUUGCCUUUCCUACGGGCUUCCAAGCCGAAGUGGAAAAGGUCAAAGGAAAUUUCACGCUGAAGAAGACAGAACAAGAGCUUCUCAGUUGGCUCAUGGCAAUGUUUCAGCGAUAUGAUCCUGAUGUGCUUGUUGGUCAUCGUCUGGAUGAUGUCGAUUACAGCGUUUUGCUCAGUCGUCUAAGAGAGAAGAAGACCCCUGGUUGGCACCGUAUUGGACGUCUCAAGAGAAGUGACUGGCCGAAGAGUAUGGGCAAAGGUGGAGGAAGCUUCUUUGCUGAAAAGCAACUAGCUUCGGGCCGCUUGCUCUGCGAUCUUGCCAAUGACCUCGGAAAGUCGCUCAUGACGAAGUGCCAGUCGUGGAGUCUGGAGGAGAUGUGCCAGCUGGUCCUGAACAAGAAGCGCGAGGAGCUCGAUAACGAAGCUGCUCUGAACAGCUGGGCAGCCACCAAGGAGGGGUUACUGAACUACGUCAAGCACUGUCAGGCCGAUGCAUACUUUAUCGCGGCUAUCUCGAUGAAGGUGCAGAUGCUUCCUUUGACCAAGGUUUUGACCAAUCUUGCUGGUAACUCCUGGGCCCGGACAUUGAGCGGUACUCGUGCUGAGCGAAACGAGUACAUUCUGCUCCACGAGUUUCAUAAGAACAAAUACAUUUGUCCUGACAAGCAAUGGGGCAAGAGCAAGGUCAAGAUUGAGGAAGACGCGGUAGAAGGCGAGGAAGGUGCAGAUGCGAAGAAGAAGGACAAGUUCAAGGGUGGUCUCGUCUUCGAGCCUGAGAAGGGACUUUACGACAAGUUCAUCUUGGUUAUGGAUUUCAACUCUCUAUACCCUAGUAUCAUCCAGGAGUUCAACAUUUGCUUCACUACCGUCGAGCGAGCUGAUCUCUCCGAAGAUGACGACAAAGUCCCUGAAGUCCCAGCAACUCAAGAACAAGGCAUCCUGCCCCGCCUCAUUGCUACACUUGUCUCCCGUCGUCGAGAAGUAAAGAAGCUCAUGAAGGCCAAGGAUGCUACACCGGAUCAGCUAGCCACAUGGGAUAUCAAACAACUUGCUCUGAAGCUGACAGCCAAUUCUAUGUACGGUUGCUUGGGAUACACAAAGUCACGGUUUUACGCUCGGCCGCUUGCAAUGCUCACCACCUACAAGGGACGAGAGAUUCUAAGGAAAACCAAAGAUAUGGCCGAGGAGAAGGCGCUGCGUGUCAUUUAUGGCGAUACCGACUCCGUCAUGAUUAACACGAAUGUGGACAAUAUCCAAGACGCUCUGAAGCUUGGUAACGAGUUCAAGAAGGAGGUCAAUGACAGCUACAGGCUUCUCGAGAUUGAUAUCGAUAACGUUUUCCGCCGCAUCCUGUUGCAUGCAAAGAAGAAGUAUGCUGCUAUCAACAUGAUACCUGUUGAUGGCAAGUAUGUUGAGAAGUUGGAGGUAAAGGGUCUUGAUAUGAGACGCAGAGAGUACUGUGCCCUGUCGAAAGAAACAUCAACUGAGCUCCUGAACUUCCUAUUGAGUGGCGAGGAUCCCGAAACGGUCGUUGAAAAGAUUCACAACCAUCUCCGUGAGCUCAGCAAGCGUAUGCGUGAAUAUGCCAUCCCCACUCGCAAAUACACUAUCUACACGCAAUUAGGCAAGAACCCCAAGGAGUAUCCCAAUGGCAACUCCAUGCCUUCUGUUCAGGUUGCCCUCCGGCUCAUGGCAAAGGGCAAGCACGUCAAGGCCAAGGAUGUGAUGAGCUUCAUCAUCACUGGAGAAUCAUCAGGCUCGGCCGAGAAUGCAGCAAAGAACGCUUACCCGGUCGAUGAAGUGCUCAAGACGGAUAGCGGGCUCAAGCCAGACAUCGACUACUACCUCCACAAGCAGAUCCUCCCACCGGUAGAGCGAUUAUGUGCUCCCAUCGACGGCACAAACAUCACCAUGUUGGCCGCAUGCCUAGGUCUUGACACGAGCAAGUACCGCGUUUCCACCGUCUCUGGCGGUGCCCAGCAAGAUACUGAGAUCCAUCCCUUGGAAUCGCAAAUCCCAGACUCCAUGCGCUUCCAAUCCUGCACACCUCUUUGGCUACGCUGCCGCAGCUGCACAACCGUCUUUCCUUUUCAAGGCCUUUCGGCUACAUCACCCACCACGACGUCCUUGCAAACUGUAUCCCACAACGGUAUCCAAUGCCCCGCCGAAGGAUGCAAACAGAUUCUUCAAACCCUCUCCGUCGUAGCCCAACUCGAGUCCUCGAUCCGCCAGCUCCUCGCCUCCUACUACGCCGGCCACCUCGUCUGCGACGAUCCCCAAUGCGGAAACCGCACACGCAGCAUUUCCGUCUACGGCCACCGCUGUCUCGGGCCCAAGGGUCUUGCAAAGGACUGUCUGGGCAAAAUGCACUGGGAGAUGCGCGAAAAGGACGUGUGGAACCAGCUUCUGUACUUUCAGAGCUUGUUCGAUGUCGAUCGCGUGGCUAAGGGUGAGGAAGGGGUUAAGGUCGAGGAGAGUAGGGUGAAGAUGAAGAUUCUGGCGGAGCAGAAUCGGGAGAGGUUUGGGACGUUGAAGGGGGUUGUGGAGGCGUGGUUGGAGAGGAAUGGGAGACAGUGGGUUCAGAUGGAUAGUUUGUUUUCUUUUGCGUUGAAGGCUUAG